AUGAGGAUGCCACCGCGGUCGCAAGCGCGGAAAACGGCAGCGGCAUCCAAGGCCGGCGCCAAAGCCCAGGAUGUCAAGACCAAAGCCAAGGCGAAGAUAGAGAAGAAGGACGCAGAUCCAGUCAAGGGUAGCCGGGCGAAGAAGCUACCGGUACCCUCGGCCAAGGCGGAGGCUCGCUUCAGAUCUACCAUGGUUAAGAAGAUCAUGCAAAGCGACGAGGAAGUGGGUCGUGUGGCUGCACCGGCUGCCGAUUUGCUCAGCCGACUUGUGGACGUGUUUGCCGAUGAGCUCGUCCGGGCAGGCGUGGAGCAAUGCCACGGUGACACCCUCAGUGCCGGCCAUCUGAAACAAGUCAUUAUGGCCCAUGAAGAGUAUGACUUCUUGCAGGAGCUGGCCAGCAAGUACAAGGAUCCCGUGAACAAGAAGACCAAAACCUCGACCGCUCGGUCGACCGCCGCUGCAUCCUCGAGGCGACGAAGUGCACAAGCAAAUGAACAAGGAGCUGGCCCUGCUAGCAAGCGUGCCAAGACGGCGGCUUCGAGCAAAAAGCAAGCUCGAGCGCAAAAACCUGCCCAAAAUUCGGUGGAGCAGUCGGAUCCCACCGAAGCCUCGCCAUCUCCCGCGAUCCAGCAACCGGUGCUGGAGCUAGACACGGAUGACUAUGACUGA